GCAUAUCUGUGUUCUUCCUCCGUAGAACGAAGUCGUGCUAAGCCAGUGGUCCUUUCGAUGUCAAACGCUACAGUUUUUGUCGCCGAAAACGUGACUUUGAUAUGCAGGGCAUACAGCGACGCCAAGCCUCAUUUCCAGUGGCUCCGUUGGUUUCUUUUACCUUCCAACAGCUCUGGUAAUGACACUGAUAGCAAAAAAUUUUCGUAUGAAGUCAUAAAUCAGAACCAGCAGGAUUCCGUCAAGUACCAAAGCAGUGGCAACAACAAGCACGAAUUCCAUGGAGUCCCUUUAAGUUUGGUCAACGUUACAAAGAAAGAUGAAGGAAAGUAUACGUGCAUUGUGGGGAAUGCACUCGGUUAUUCUGUAAAGCACGCUUACAUCGUCGUUCAGGAAAAACUGGGUAAGAUAGGUUCAAUGCUAAAAUGAAUACAUACCCUAAGUUAGUUCAAUGUUCUUGAUUGAUAAUUAUACCUCUUAACCCUGCUAUCUGUAUUUACCUUAUUCUUGUAUUCUUGUCAUUUAUGUGCUCAAAUGACCUUGAAUUGUUUGUAAAUGGGUGUCCUGAAUAUAAUUAAUAAGCCCCAUGGUUUUCUAUAGAGGCUGCACUGCCACCAGAAAUUUGUCAUUUUUUUUCUUGGUGUUAAUCUCAUAAAUAAAUAAAGUAUAAGACAUGGUUCCUGCUUGUAAUGAAUCAUCCAACAAAAAAAUAACUCUUUGACGGUUAUGUAAGACUUAAUGGACAUAAAACCUGAAAGAAAAAAAAAAUGUAAUACGCGUUAUGUUUUACUAUAUGCCUUCCCAACCGCUUCUGUUCGAAAUCGAAGUUAUCGCCUACUCAUAUUCGAGGAAUUGAGGUAUCAAAGAAAAUGCCAAAGUGAAGAAAUACUUAAACAAUUAAAUAUUAUGAACAGCACACGGCAGGAGGCAAACGAUGCAGAUGGCUAUUUUCAAGCGUGGCCUUGCGUUUAAAUCGUGACGUUUAAAAGUGAGAAACAACUCCAGUUGGUGAUCUCAGCGGCUUUAAACCAGACCGCUUUCAAAGUGUGUUUUUGCCUGCUAAGCGCCUUGUAGAAGGCGCUUCUGCGGAGGGGAAUGUACACACUUUGAUUCUGCGAUUAAUUUUUUUGGUUGGGGAAGACAGCAUGGCCGAGCUGUAAGUGCGUUGGACUUAUAAUCUGGCGGUCCCGAGUUCAAGUCCCGCCCUGAGUGCUAACUUGAUUUGCUCUGACUCGUUAGUCCCGUUUUCAAAUCCAAGCCCUCCUUUGCAAGCGACCGCGACCACUUUUCGGAGCUUACGGUUUAAUAAUUUUCCUGAUCUCUAUAGUAUGUUUGCUGUAUGUACUAUGCUAGUUACAAACUUAAGUAACAACAUGGAACUGCGCAUAUCGUAACCUUAGAAAACUGCAUGCAAUAAAUUACAUCUUACAUCGGACAUCUUCUCGGAAGAGAACCCCUGUGGUCUUUUCUCGUUAGCGAGCACCUCUCGUAAGCGACCACUGAGUCUUCGCAUUUUCGAUGGUCGCUUACGGGAGGUUUGACUGUAUCGCCCCUGUCUUUUUGCGGCUGCUCCGAGGUUCACUGUACCAAAACUCAAGCUUCAACAAAAGGUGAUAGCCCUACCGGUUGGAAACUGGGCAAAACUUGACUGUUCCGCCUAUGGAUACCCUACCCAGGGUUGCAUGGUACAAGAAUGGAAAACCGUUAAAUGAGAGAAGAGGUAGCUGUCUGUACUUGGAUUGGAAGUAUGUGUUGGCUUUGAGGGAUGUGGUUCCGUCAGAUACUGGUACAUACAGCUGUAAUGUCAGUAACCAUCUGGGUUAGAUUAACCAUUCAUACUACCUUGAUGUGUACGGUAAGGUGUUGAUAUAAAACGCCUGAAUAAAUUUAGUCUACUUCGCACACGUAAGGUAACCUCAGCGAAGCAGCGCCGAUAUUCUUGUUCUGAGCCCUCAACGAACUCAACGAAUUAAAGGAAAUGCGUUUCGAAUUCCCUUUCAACCUGGAAAUCGACAUUGCAUCUUUAUCAGGCCAAUUGUGGAGCGUAUUCAAUUGGGGCCCAGAACAAAGAUUUCGCCGCUGUAUCGCAGACGGACUUAACCAGAAGCUUAGUUCCGUUUGUGUCGUGGGCUACGAGAAUGAUAAAAGAGACGGUUGAUAAGGAGUUAUUAAUCUUUCUAUUCCAGUCAGCUUAGUUCUCCUUGGAAUCGGAAUUGGCGUGAGAAAUUUUUAAAUUUUUAGGACGCUUGUUGGGUUUCAAGGUGGUGAAAAGUUAUCAAAUCGGUGUCCUGGAGACUAGAAAUAAAGUUAUCUCCACGAGUCCAUCACAUCUCUGAAUAACCUGACAAAUCUGGGCAGUCGUUUCGAAGAGAAAAGCUUUGUUGCCUAAACAGAGACUUCUCUUGUUUCUUAGCCCUUUCUGUGUAAGUCAUCUUAGUAGUGAGAGAUAUUUCAAAUUGUGAGGUUCAUGGAGGCGGAGAACGAAUUUAUCCCUGAGUGACGUCACAAAACUUUGACAAUCCUUUCCGUUACCUACAUAAAGAUGAUCCCUGUUUUCUAGUAACAAAGGUAAUAGGACUGGUUGGUUGCGCGCUGACGCUAAAGUAAUAUACGCGUAAUUAGACUUAAGAAAAGAGUAACCUGUCAUUUUAAAUGAAAAAUUACGUUAUUGAAAGUUUUUGACAUUUUGUGUGUGGAAAAAUUUUAAAUCAUCCGUCUGCUUUACACACUUUGCAGUAACGCUGUAGUAGUUCUCGGUUCCUCAAUGUUUUUUUUUUAGUCAGGUGUAAAUUGCUUAAAGCCGUUUGUUUCAGAAUCGCGAGUGAUUGAGGGAUUGAGGGUGUAAUGAGAUACCAUCUAAAAUCUUUCGUGUUUCUCUUGCCUUUAAUUUUUUGCCGUGACCUUAAACCAUGGCGAUUUUCGAUAAUAAAGGGCUUGUUUUAAAAACCAGUGAAAGGUUUGAACCCAGUAGUCAUUUCAUAAGUAGGUAAAGCAUGAUCGUCCUGGUGAGCGUAGUCCUGACGUUUCGCCAACCUGUGCGGUAGUCAUCUUCAGAGUCAAAGUGAGUUGUGCUUAGCAAACCUCCCAAGUGCAUCCAUGACUCGAUGGUUGCACAGCUGCAACGUUUACCAUUUCGCCUAUAACAUAAUCAAAAGAGAAAACAUUUCCAUUUGCCUUCGGUUGAGUCAUCGGUACUGUAGACAAGUUGAUAUGUUUGCUGUCAUCUUCCCGUGCAUAAACAAACAUGCCUUUCAAAAACUUGCCUUUGAUUUUUUUUCGCUGAAUCAACCGUUCUCCGUCUUAGGGUAAAUUGCAAAACGUUUUUUGCUGUUAUUCUAAAUGGCAUCUGUCUACUUGCUCUUAAUGUUAGGGUAAAUAAUUAAUAUAUUUUUUAGAUAGUCUAAUAAUUCCUAACUUCAACUGCUUGUAACAAAAGAACCAACGCACUUGACAAAAAUCUGAGACACGGUUUUUUGGUCAAACGUGUUAAGAAGCGAAUGCGAUCUUAAUUGGCUUCUUCCGUUUAUUUUUGGCUGGCCUGGACUUAAAUUUACAGUGACACUCACUUUCACAAAAAGCUUCUCAUUUCUAAAUCGCGUUAAUAUUUUGAUUUUUUGAAAGGAAUAAGCAAUAAUCUGGAACUAUUAAGCUUUCAGAAAAUGUAUGGUUUAUGGGGCUAUUUAUUAAAAGCAAAAGCGUUAGCGCCGAUCAACGCGAAGAGGGUGCUUGAGGGUGGAUGAUACCUUAAUUGUGUGACAAUUUUUGCAAUAAACGCUGACGUAGAAAUGAGAAAAAUUGACUGUAUUUCCUUUAGAACAAGAGAUAACACUAAAUUUAAAGCGAAAUUAACUAUCUUUGUAUUGUAAUUUGUCCGGGAAAAUCAAGCUGAAAGUCAAAAUAGCAAGAAUUCGCCGACACAGCCGACGCUGAAGCGAUGCGUGAGCAAAAAGGCCUGGUUCAGACGCCGAACUUUCGUGAGCAGAACCUAAUUCGAAUUAAGGCCGACCCAAAUUAUUUAGACCGGUUUAAUUGAUUCAGACGCCGAUCUUAAUUCCAGCCGAACUAAAUUCAGAAGGUGAAAAAUGUUCAUUUCGGUCAAACUGCUUACAAAAUACGUCAUAAGAGUUUAUACAUUAAAAUCGGUACAUGAAAAAUUCUGCGUCUAAAUCAAAGGCGUUCCAAAGUCGCUCCAAAGGCGAAAUUCCCGGCCGGGCUAGGCGAAAAGAAUGGCUGAGACGUUCCAAAUUGAAACAGGCGUUCCUAAUUGAUUCAGACGCCGAACUUUUCAUAUACUUAAUUCAAUGUUUUAGAUUCGGCUCAUGAAAAGUACGGCUUCUGAACCAGGCCUAGAUGUUGUUUUUUUACGACCUUUCUUUGAACUACAGUUAUGUAUGAACCUAAACAAAACAAGAAACAAACAAGUCAUUUUUUGAAAAAUUUAUUUGAAAAACCAAAUGUUUCUGUACUCAAAUGAAAUUCGCAUUACAAUUCCAGCGUAAUGUGUCCGCAACUUAACUAUAAUUUUUAAUUGAUGAGAUGAAAGCUACACAACAAAGCUGUCUCGAAUCUGAGCGCGUUUCCUAAAAAAUUGCUUGAAUUUAACAUCAACUCGACUUACAUUGUAAAUUUCAAUAAGACAAUGCUGACUGAUAAAUUUCCAUUUGAAAACAGACUUUCUCUUUUAUACAAACACACGAAAUGUACUUUAAAGUCUCGGGCUUAAAUCCUCAAAAAACUGCGCCCAUUCGGUUUUUCUUCUGAGCACCUAGCCGCGACGAAAACAGUGGUAAAUUUCUCCAGGGCAAAUUUUGUCGCAUAACCUUUUGAAUUUUCUUUAAAACGACAACUGAAUGUUUUUCUUUAACUUCCACUUUUCAUUUGUACAUUUUAUCGGUGCAUUUUAGAGUGACAGGGGAGGAGAUUUGCUGAAUUUGCCACAAUUUUACCGCGCUAAAUCAGUUCCUUGGCGUGCACCAACGGGCAAAUGGUAGACGGCUAACUGACCAAUCAGAGAGCGCCCUUUACUUUUAUUGUCCCCGCGGGGAUUUCGCCCAGAAAGCGAAAUCCCGAGGAGGCACUCUAGUAACUCGCGCGUAUAUUAAGGAAAGUACUUACAGUUGAAGUAUACAGUCAGUACGCCAGAAAAAAAGUCUCGAUUAGUUUGAACAGGGGCCGCGAGGAAUCGGUAGGUAAUGAUGACGUUUCUAUUGUUUACGCCCGCAAGUACGAAAUGGUUAGGAUGAAGUAAAGACAGAAAAUCCCGAAGGGACCGCUUAGGUAGAUUUUGUGACAUUUAUUGUGCAGUCAUACUUCCAUACUCUUUACUGCGUUACGUGUUAUCAGUGACAUUCUGUGGAGCAGUUGUUUUGAAAGUUAUGGACCAAAAGACACCCGUUAAGCGCAGAAGGUGCGUAUAACUGUGUAUAUAAUAUAUAGAUUUAGCCAGGGCUAAAAGCGAAACUCCUAUUAAUUCGAAUUUAUAAUUUAAAUCAAACAAUAAACUUGUAUUCCACAAAUCAGUUAACUUUAGAGCACAUUCAUGUUACUUUCGAGAGAAAGGCUAAGUGAUUUUAGAGAAAAAUGAUUUGGAAACAGUCCAAGCUAAGAGUGAACUUAAUCUCACAUCGAGUUGAUAGCCUUAUAUGUACACCCCAAAAUAGCAUAGCCAUAAUGGCUCUUGAUUACAGUAGAUUAGGCCUGGAAAACAAAGCAGGCCGAAUUUUUUGCGUUCGACAAGUUUACUUUACAAAAUGAACAAGUCUGGGGACGUGUAAACCAACCUUUUAUACUUUUUAUACAUCACAUCUGAGGUGAAACAGUACCAUGAGGCACUGUUUUUAUCAUACAGACCUCGGACAGAAUGCGGUAUUUCACAAUUUUCCAAUACAAAUUGCACUCAUUCAGUAUUCAGGACGAUCGAAGCACUCGUGGGCUUUUAGCGAAACCGUUAAAAAAAUUUCCAAAAUUACCUAUACGGCAAGCUGGUUAUCACUUUUGCAAAGCGCCAAAGUCGACUGUUUAAAUUAAGAUUAAUGGAGUUAUAGCGGGGCGCGUGGGACAGAGCCCCAUACUCAUGGAAUAUGGUCAACCUCUUUUCGUUUGGUUGUCACGUGAUUGACCGAGCGUACGUACGUACGCGUCUACAGAUUGUACGGGUGGGGUAGGGGAGACUAUCGAAAGGAAGGGAGGGGUGUCUCAGGCGUGUCUUGGCAAGUCAACAUCUUUAAUAUAGGUUUUUAGGACAUUCACAAUAUGGUCAAUUGACAGCUGUCAAAACAGGAUAGCCACUGACCAGCAUCCCAUGACCAUAUCGCGGGCUCAUGUGGCAACUCAUCGAGGUGACGUGAUUUAUUUGGAAGCUGUCCGCUGACCAGUUAAUUGUUUUACUAGAUCGCGAACAAUGUUCAAUCUGCCGUUCAAUCUCAUACUUUUACUAGUUAAACUGAUAAUGCACACAUAUUGGACAUCAAUUUGAUCAAUUGACAGCUGUCAAAACAGGGUACCCGCUGACCAGUAUCACUUGACCGUAUCGCGGGCUCAGGUGUCGACCCAACAAGGUCAAGUAUUUUUUGAAGUUAUCCGCUGACAAGUUACUAGUUUUCAAGUGAUCGCAGGCUCAAGUUCAAGUUUUUUCUAAAUUCAUAUGAAAUAUGUUGUGUUUAUGUGCUACACAAUUAAAAUUUUGAUUGCAAACUGACCUCGGACGCGAAAAUUCAGCCAGCUGUUACAGGCAGGGAAGACAGUUGCUUUUGACUUUUCUCACCAUGGUCACGCGUUGGUCACGCUCUACGUCCAAUUUUUAUUCUCUGAUUGGUCAAAAUUUGACAGGUGAGUUCAUGCGGAAAAUUUAUGCAGCAUCUUGAAUCUUAUUUACUUUGACAGCUGAAGCUGACAGAGUUGGUGUCAACUUGUGAUGUUUUAAACUGUCUUUUUCCACUGGAUGUGCAAAAUGAAAUUCAGCUGCUAUGUUCAUGUUUAUGUUUAUUCAUGGCUAGUUUGUUUAUUGGGUUUUUGGUUGAGGAAUACGUCGCUUGUCAAAGUCGGAAAUCCGAUUUCGGAUGGCAUCGUUUUCCGUUUUCACCUUGCUUGAUGCGUAAGAGGAUUGCAAAGUCUGAAGCGAUACUGGCUUUUCUUGAUACCUUUCAGGAGCUGCAUCUCGAAUGGUAAGCCAGAGAAAUUAUUGUAUUUGAUGUUUGUUUUUUUGGAUCUAAUUUAAUGAAGUCGAGCGGAGUUUAUACGGUCAUUUAGUUUAUGCACCUUUUUAAGAUUUGAGACAAUGAUCUGACUGAGUAUCAGGUUUGAUAUAAGCUUACAGAACGUUAAAAAGCCUUUAGACAGUUUCUCACCGCAAAUAGAAAGAAAACGUUCCAAAGAAUAUUUAGUUAUAAUUCUGCCCGGAAAAGAAAGCUUUGAGCGAUUUUCUUGCCUCGAGUUCGUCUUUGAAAAUAGCAAACACCGGGAAGCCGGCUUAAAACAUAAACUUAAGCUUGAAGCUUGAAGCUUGAAGACUCAGGAUUUUUAGGGAUACUUUAGUACUUGUCUUCCUGAGUGAAAAUUGUUGUUUCUGUAUAUGUUUCACCGAAUUAUAUUUCUUUUAUUGAUUGUUAGUAGUCUCUCUUGUAAUUUUAAUCGCUGUGCCGAUUGUUUUCAGUCGUUCAGUGAACAUCGCUUGCAGGAGUACUCAAAAUGCCGCGCGUUAAUAAACCAUUAAGUAAAAAAUAAACAGAAUAAAUUCUUUAUAAUGUUGGAGCGUAACUCUGUUAAUUUUCAUUCAAACACUCGCCAUAGCUCGCACUACAAAAGUGAGAACCGGAUGGCCGUAUAGGUGAUUUUGGAAAUUUUUUUAACAGUUUAUGAAUAUUGAAUGAGUGCAAUUUGUAUUGUGAAAUACUGCUUUCUGCCCGAGGUCUGCCGGUAUGAUAAAAACAGUGCCUCAUACUACUGUUUCACCUCAGAUGUGAUGUAUAAAUGGUAUAAAAGGUUGGUUUACACGCACCCAGAUUUGUUGACAAGAUUUUGCAAAGUAAACUUGUCGAACGCAAAAAAUUUGCCCUGAUUUUUUUUCCCGCUAAUUAUUAAAUCUACAGUGAUCAAGAGCCAUUAUGGCUCUUAAAUGUGAUAGAAGAUGAUUACCAGUUUUUGGGUGUACAUAUGAGGCUAUCAACUCGAUGUAAGAUUUGGUUCACUCUUGGGCUGUUUGCAAAUUAUUUUUCUCUAAAAUCAGGUAGCCUUUCCCUCAAAAGUCACAUAAUUGUGCUCUAAAGUUAACUGAAUUGUGGAAUUCGAAUACAAGUUUAUUGUUUAAUUUAAAUUAUAAAUUUAUUAAUGACAGCUUCGCUUUUAGCCCUGGCUAAAUCUACAUAUUACGCUUCAACAUAAUAAAGAAUUUAUUAAUAUGUUUAUUUUUUAUCUUAUGGUUUUAUAACGAUGUGUAAUCUUCAAAAGCGUUUGAUACGCGCGGCAUUUUGACUACUCCUGCAAGCGAUGUUCACGAGCGACUGAAAACAAACGGCACAGCGAUUAAAAUUGCAAAGAGACUACUAACAAUUAAUAAUAAAAGGAAAAUAAUUCGGUGAAACACAUACAGAGACAACAAUUUUCAUUCACGAAGACAAGUAUUAAAGUGUCUCUGAAAAUCCUUGUUUAUGUUUUAAGUCGGCUUCCCGGUGUUUGCUUUUUUCAAAGAUGAACUCGAGGCAAGAAAAUCGUUCAAAGCUAUCUUUUACAGCCAGAAUUAUAACUAAAUAUUCUUUGGAACGAUUUCUGUCCAUUUUCAGUGAGAAAAUGCCAGAAGGCUUUUAAUCAAACCUGAUAAACGUGCAUAAACUAAAUAGCCCCAUAAACUACGCUGGACUUCAUUAAAUUAGAUAUAAAAAAACAAACAUCAAAUAAAAUAAUUACUCAGGCUUACUAUUCGGGAUGCACUGAGAACUAUCAAGUAAGGCCAGAAUCGCUUCAGACUUUUCAACCCUCUUACGCAUCAAGCAAGGUGAAAAAAGAAAACGAUGCCAUCCAAAACCGGAUUUCCGACUUUGACAAGCGACGUAUUUCUCAACUAAGAAUCCAAUAAACAAACUAACAGAAGACUCUUGAUAGCAGCUGAAUUUCAUUUUGUACAUUCAGAGGAAAAAGACAGUUAAAAACAUCACAAGUAGACACAAAACUCUGUCAGCUUCAGCUGUCAAAGUAAACAAGUUUCAAGAUGCUGCAUAAAUUUCACGCAUGAACUCAACUGUUCAGUUUUGACCAAUCACAGCAUAAAAAUUGGACGUAGAGUGUGACCAACGCGUGACCUUGGUGAGAAAAGUCAAAAGCAACUGGCAUGUCUUCCCUGUCUGUGAAAACUGGCUGAAUUUUAGCUUCCGAGGUCAGUUCGGAAACAAAAUUUUAAUUGUGCGGCACAUAUAAAACACAACAUAUUUCCUAUGAAUUAAAAAAAAAAUUGAGCCUGCAAUCAUUUGAAAACUGGUGACUUGUCAGCGGAUAACUUCGAAAAGAUACUCGACCUCAAUGGGUCGAUACCUGAACCCGCGAUACGGUCAGGUGAUACUGUUCAGCCCUGUUUUGAGAGCUGUCAAUUGUUCACAACAUUGAUGUGUAAUAUGUGUGCAAUAUCAGUCUUGCUGUGCUCCCAAACUAGCUAGAAAGUGUAAUAUUGAACAUUGGUUGCCCUGUGGUGCGGACAGACGGGAGGGCGGUGUACGGUCACGUGAUUACCAACUUUUCUGGGAUUGGUAGAUUUACUUACCAAUUGUGCUCCGCGGGCGCGCUUCGCGCGCCAGAGCUCCGCUAUAAUCGUUUGGAGAGUUUGCCAGACACGAGUUUACAAAUCUUUGAUGAGAAACCUUGCCAGACACUCUUUCUCUCUCUUUGACCGGAAUAAGACUCAGCCCCAAACAAGCAAGACGAGUGAACAACGGCUAGCUUAUCACUAGGAGAACGAUGGAUGGAUUCGCCUGAGGUGAAUAAUUGUUCUAGUAUAUGUACACGAAGUGAUCUCGGCCGAAUCAGAAAGGUAACCAUUAAAAAACGAUUAGUUUGAUUGACGGGUAAAUUCAUGCGAGAACAUGUAGCCGUAAACAGAAGCUGCGCGAAAGUAGGCUCUUUCAGCUAACAGUAUCUUCAAACAUGGCAAGUCAUAGUUUCUAAAGUAAUCUUUUUGUAAGCUUUAGCAUCAAUGGUUUGAAGGAAAACGUCGAAAAUUUAAAUCAUUACCCCUUUUGAGAAGAAAGUAGAGCUUUAUUUGUUUCUGUCAACUCGCCGUGAAUGAGAACGUUUUUUUGUCGCUUCUUACAAACGCUGUCAACAGCGGCUAGGAUCGGGGUGAGCGUUGUUUAUCUACACUUUUCUUUGUCUUGUUAACUUGCUGGCACGUAGAUUAUACUUGUUUUUGAACUGUGACGAUACCCCAUCACUCCAGUAGUGAACUUUCGUAACUGUUGUCACUUUCUUCAAAAAAUCGAUGAUAGCACUGUCAAAUGUAUAAAUGGUGCUCUUGUCGUGGGACAUCUCAUCACUGAUGACAGCAAAAGAGGUAUGCUUGAUAGCUCCCUCUUUUGUGUUUCUGAAUUAUUCAACAGCUGUAAAGAUUGUGACACUUUCGUUCGACCAGUGUGCGGCCAUGAUUUCAUUCUGAUGUUUAAGCUUAAAAUUCCGGGCAAAAUCUUCAUGAAUAAUAAACUCGCCAGCAGGAAGACAAUCUUUCAGGUGUCUUAGCCCCUGAGACUGUCGGCGGACAUUAUAACAUGCCUUCCAAAUGAAGCAAGCUGCGCUUUUAGGUCUUCUUUUGUUCCUACCACAUUGCUGACUACAGGUAGCUUCUUCACUCUGCCAUCAGCUGGAGUGCGCCACUGGUAGUAUGAGACAGGUAGCUCGUCAUCUGUAUUGAGAUGCUCAUUUACAACUCGGUCAACACCACAAUUUGAGCACUCUCUGUCCAUACACUUACUUUCCUCUUGGCUGCAAACUAUAGCAUUUAGUAGAUCUUCUGCUGUUUUGUAGUGCGAAGAUACCAGACUAGUGGUGGCAAGAGUAUGGAGAAGGAGAUCUAUGUUUUCGUGAUGUUUGCACAUGCAAACUUCAUGAUCACGAAGGGUCAUCGACAGCACUUGCGGAGACUUCAAAGACGCAAACUUGGAAAAUCCAACCUUCAACUUCGAACCCUCCUUAAAUCAAGCAUGUGCCUCGCGCAGAUUCACUAGUAGCGAUCGCUUUUGUCUUGCUUCCUUGCCGCUCUCAACCUUCACAGACACUUUAUCGUUUUUGCCAGAAAGAAUUCUGCUUAUGUCGUCUUUCAGAUAGAACUCCUCAAUUUGUCUUAUUUCCUCCUCUGAAAGAGAAUCUGAUCUUUUAACUCGUUCUCCUUCGACCUUGCGCCGCUUUGCAUUGGUGUCACAAGCUGAAAUUACUGCCUUGCGCUUCUGAGGUGACAGUUGAUAUACCAGUUUCCCUACUGACAGUUCAGGAACUUUUUCGGGGUUUUUGGGAAGGCUCUUAUGCACUUUUCUGACUGCCUUUGCUAGGUUUUGGGGUGUCAGGAGCUGACUUUUCACGGUGUCUGUGUCUUGUCCUUCUUCACUCAUCUGCCCUUCUGCGCCUUCUCCGCCUUCUGCCUGGCCAUGUUUGAUAUUUUCCAGUUCCUUUGCUUUGCUCUCUGCCUUUCCUUCUUUGCAUCUGACAAACUCUCUUUCUGUCUCUUGUACUCUCUCGCUUUCCUCUUUCUAUCUUUCUCUCUGUACUGUGCUAGCUUCUUCUCCUCGUUUUUCAACCUCUCCCGGUAUUUCCUGCUCCUCUCGGUACUAGUCAACAUGGCACCAAACAAAAUCAAAACAGCUUUUCAAACAAAAUAAUCAGCUUUGCGAAUAAGUCAAAAAACAAAUGUCUUCUACUCAACGGCUUUUAGCAACACAUGCAGAAUAAAUUACUAUUUUUGAAAAAAUAUGACCUGGAAAUUGUAUGAUAGUGCUUAAAGUGUUAACUUUAAACAUUUCGGUUUUAGUUUCCAGUUAAUUUUAGACAAAUUUGAUACUUUUUAAAAACCAAUGUCUAGUUUCACAUUACCGUGGAAUGACCCAAGUAUUUGUGAAUUUUUUGUAAUGUCACCAAUCACUUGCAUAAUAAAAUGGCUAUCAUAACCCAUUAAAUUAUGGAAAAUAACAGUUAUCUUAUCAAUUACUGUUACGAUCUUGGUGAACUGAUCCUCUAUAUUUAGUUGUGAUAUAAGGUCAUAUAACAAUGAAACAAUAAUCUCUGACAUUAAUAUCUCUUUCAACAUAUUUUUGUAUUUUUCAUAUUAACUUAUAAACAUCAUUUUCUCCUUUAUAUAUCUGAACUGGUUUACUGUAUUCAUCAUCAUUACAUAUUUUAUCUUUUUGAUAUGAUUCAGUAUGUGAUUCAUCAGUGUUUGGUUGGCAUCCUUGUAUUUUUUUCUGUAAUAGCUUCAAAAUCUACAUAGAUUACAAAUGGUACUGGUAACUGCUUCUGGACGUUAUUGAAUUUCAACAUAUUGUAACCUUUUUCAGGCAUUUUUAUGGCUUGCUCACCAGUUUUCUUGGUGAUUCUUUAACAUAUUAUCACAACUACAGAAGGAUUGUAAACAAUACAUACAAAAGUGUUUUCUAUGUUCAUGUUUUGUUUGGUUGGUUGUACAUAAACUUAUAGAAGUCUUUUAUGAGAACAUAAUGUUUGUUUUCACCUUCUGUUAUCAAUAAUAGUUCCAUGUAAUCUCAAACCUAUCGUUAUAGAAAUGCGUAUUGGAAAUAGUUGUUCAUCUUCAUAACCGAAUACGUUUAAAUUGAUAUUACAUUGUUUCUCAAUCUUGUUAUACUGUCUAGUGGUUACAGUAAAACUAAUACUUGAGUAAUUAAAUUGGCUAAUUUGUGGUUUCUAUAUUUGAAUGUUCCAAUUAUGUUAAUAUUCAAACUGUUGAAAAAAUUUGAAAACCAUAUAUAUUAUUUUUUAUUUUGUUGUGAUCUUCUUACCCAUCUUUUUAUAUACCAUACUAUAUGUUAGAUAAUGUUCUCUUAAAAUAUUUUCAUGACUUCUUGAAAUGGUCACAACAUAUAUUGUCCAUAUUCAUGGUUUUAGAAGUUCAUUAUUCAGAGGGAUGAUUUUAUUUUUCCUUCCUGAACAUGCAGAUGCUUUAAAAUUAUCUCACGCUUCUCGAUAUCUUUUUGUAUUUUUUAUGAACUUUGUUCGGUCUCUUGUGGCAUGUGAUCUUUUUUCAAUGAUUUUAGUUUCUUUACAUUGGUUGAUGUUACCUCGAACAGAUUAUCCAACGCAUUUUUAUUAUCUAUCAUUUCUCUCACUAUUUUUUAAAGAUUUUUGAAAUUCUCCAUUAUGUAUUAUUUUGUUAUAAUUAGUAUAUAUUUUAUUUUUUAAAAGUUGUCUUUUUUUAUUUGUGGUUUUCAAAACGUCAUUUUCCCCUUUAUAUUUAUUAUUUUCUAUAUCUUGGCAUCGCUCGUAUGCGAUGUCUUCAUCUAUCUCCUGUAUUUUUUGGUAGAUCAAGGGUUGCCUUGGAUUCUUUGUUAUAAGAAAGUUUUAGUUGUUUUAAAAAAACCACUAGAUUUGGUUCCGAUUUCCUCUUUCAGCAGAUCCAGUUAUGGUAUUUGGCUCAGUAAGACAAGUGAAGUUACUUUGACGCUGACUUUUUGAAGAGUCAGGGCUAAGACCAAGUGCUAUUGACACGUUUAGUUUACACUCAGAGCAGGCAAGAAAUGCGUCGUGAUAUUAAUGAACUCCAAAUAGAUGAGACCUUAAAGCAAAACCAGAAAAGACGCGCGAGCCCUUUUUUUCCAUCUCCUCAGAAAUCGCAAUUAGAGAUAUAUUCUAGUCCGAUUUUCGUCAAAAAGUCAUUAACGGCAAUCCCUCUAUGGAGAAAUUUUAACUGGAACUCCAUCACCCGGGUACUUUUGGUGUAUUUGAAGGCUAGAGUGUAUGCCUUAGACCAUAGAGGUUGAUCGCUCUUAUUGUUGUAUAGGUCCAUAAUCCAUUUAUGUUGACUGCGGGUAGGAGAAGUCCAUUUUUGGGACAAUAAUGCUGAGUAAACAAGUCGACUUCCAAGAAGGGUUUUUUUGAAUUUAGAAGAAACUUUCAUAAACAGCAUUUUUUGUAACACUGUUUCAACAAGUGUUCUUGGAUGUCUAUCAUUUUAAGUCCCCCGUUUGAAUAGUCAUUGAAAAUAGUAUCAAGUUUGAUUUUGUCACCCUUUUGAUUCCAAAUGAGAGAAAAGAAGGGACUGCUGAGUUCUUUAAUGACUUUUUCAUUGGUGCGUAAAGAUGAAAACACAUAGACUAGUUGGCAAGCCUCCAGGCUUUUUAAAACUUUUAUUUUUCCGAUGAGAGAAAGUCUGCGAAAGCUCCAAGAACUUAAGAUAUUUUGGACUUAUAAAAUUUUGUCUUGGUUGUUUAAAGUUAAAGUUUCUUUUGGGUGGAGGGAGAACCAAACACCUAGAGCUUUUACUUUAGACUUGGGCCAUUUAGAAUCUCUCCCAGUGAGACCAAUUUCUUCUUUAAAACAGUUUUCACCAAUCCAAAAAGCCUCCUUAUUGAGUCUAAGACCUGAAACUUUAUAAAAAUCAUUCAGCAGACUUAAAGGAGAUAGCAGGAAGCUGUUAGAUCCAUCCAGAAUAAGCGUCGUGUCAUCUGCGUACUGACUUAUCUUGAUCUCUUUAUCAUUUACAUUAAUACCCCUUAUAUUCUCAUUUUUGCUUCCAGCCUUUGCUAAUGCCUCUGAUGUAAGGAUAAAGAUAUAGGGCUAGAGAGGGCAACCUUGUCUUACCACUCUUUGGAUGCUAGAAAAUCACUAGCCCAUCCAUUAUUUGACACACAACGUUCCGGCCCACUAUAAGAGAGGUUUACCCAACUUAUGACACUAGCUCCGAAACCGAAAAAAGAGAGAGUAUUUCGAAUGAAAUACCAUUCUAUCGUACCGAAUGCUUUUUCAAAAUCUAGAAAGAGAAGAAGACCUGGGAUAUUCUGCUCCUUAGCAUAGCAAAUUAAACUGUCAAUAAGACGAAUUUUUUCCCCAACGAAUCUUCCUUUCAAAAAGCCUGUCUGGUCGUUGUUAAUAAGAGCAGGUAGGACACGAUUUAUACGGUUUGAAAUGGUGUUGUGGAGUAUUUUGAAAGUUAUUUUUAAGACGGAUCUUUCUUAACUUUUAAGUUUAGUUUUUGUUUCAUUAAGUCUUGUUUUUGUCCACGUAAUGUUUUCCUGUUUUGAUCUUUUGUUUUUACUUAUUCUUGAAGUUAUGCUUAGCUCGCGAAUUUACUUAUUGCCAUAUUAGGAAUGUUAUUCGCUUGGCAUUGUCAAAAGUCAGUUUUCUUUACAGGUGGUCGUGUUUGUGGUGUUAGAGCUGACCUUCGUUGUUUGGUACUUAUCAGUUGCGGCUGUGCGUAGGCUAAUCUAUUCCCUGACAAUAGCAAACCUGUUGCAAUGUUAGCGAUAAGGCAUACAAUAGAAACUCUUCCGGUCAGCUAACCCAAACAUGUCCAGCUUUGGGUAUUAAAACCGCUACUAUAGUUGAAGCAGAAGUAGAGAAGAAGUAGAGAAGUUGGUAGAACCGAGAAAGUGGCUGUGUAAGUAGAAGUUGUAAGAAGAUUAAGAAGAAUAAAAGCAAGAUGUAAAUCAGAUUCCUGGUACCUCAUCGUGUAGCGAGCGAGUUGCUCGAACACACCCCCACAAUAGUCGUAACUGCUAUUUUAUAGUCGCAAUUAAGCAUGGUCAAAGGCCUCCAAUUCUUGAUUAUAAAGUAAGGUUCUGCAUCUUUUUGCGGAUGAGCACAAUGACACCUCUUCUCUGAGUUAUUAAAAGUUGGCCUGCUUCAUGCGCGAAGUUCAAUGCAUUAACAAGGAUGGUCGAAAUAUCGAGCCAAAAGGUCUUGGUGUUUCGGCUUUGUCCCUAUCUUCUUCUAGUAUCGCAAUCUCAUGUUGAAGUUUUGAUUGCAUGUACAUUUUUUGUUUAUUUUUGAUGGCAGCGUACCCAAGAUUUCUCGCGGACUUUUAAUUUUAUCAUUUACUAGUUGGAAAGCAGUGAUAGGUUAACAGUUUCAUCCUCACUGUAUUCGUCUAACGUUUUUUUGAUAGUCUUUUUUAUUUGUUUUACGUUAUCUGUUUUCGAUAAUAUAGACGUGUUGAGCUUCCAAAACCCUGGACCUCGUGGAUUUGAGUGCAAAAAAGAGAAAAUGUCACCAAAGAGUGGUUAUUUUUUUAUCCUGCACUUAUUUCUGCCACUUUUGUUUUGUUUGCUACGCUUUGAUUUACUAAGAAAAAAUCUAGUCAACAUUGUACGUUUGGACGUCUCCGCCUCUAUGUAAACCGGCCGCUCUAGGAUGAAAAACCCUCCAUAGGACUACUAAAUUUAGAUUCUCAGACGAUUCCUCUAAACUUUUUACGCUAUUUUGAUAGUUUUGCUAAGGUCGCCUCUCUUGUCCUUCUCUAAAUCGAGUACAAGAUUAAAAUCUCCCACUAUAACAAUAUCAUGACAGUUAGAGUCAGAAAGGUGAUAAAAAAAAGAUCUUCGAAAAAAGCUGGAUUGUCUUUGUUUGUCGCGUAUAUAUUAGCGAAGGUCAUAUUAACAUCAUCUGCUGUCAGGUCAUAGAUAAUAAAACGUUGUAAGGUACAUUAUCCAAGGCUUUAACCAUUUUCCUAUCUGCUUUAUUUUUACAUUUUCUAUCAUCUUUGCUAACAGAAUAAUCUACAUCAUGUUGCAUAGCUAUUAGAUCUGUUUCAGCUGUUGGUUGAUCGUAGAUUUCUAAUAUUUCUCCUGUUUUUAGAUAAUAUUUCUGUUGGGAAUUUAAGUCAAUAUAUGGCCCAGUAUAGUGAUGCCCAGGUUAUUUCCCAAUCAUUUUAUGAAUAUCAAUUCCAGCACCCAUUGCUUUAUAAUAUUGAUCUUUGUAUAUAUUGAAAUAAUUUUUUAGCAUCUUUUACAGGCAUUUCAUUUACAGGUGCAAAUAUAGCAGGAUCAGUUUAUAAUUUAUAACCUUCUUUGUAAUCAACUAUCCAAGGCGAACCAAAUAUACCUUAUUACAAAAAUCCAUCCAUUAUGCCUUUGCAAUCGAAAUCCUUUCUAUCUGUUUUAUAUUUUUUGUUUAGUCUUAUUUUUGUUGGUAAUUGAUCUAACGCUUGACUACCAAUAUUUUCAAUCGUAGGGUUUAAUUUAUCAAGAGUAUAAUCAAUUCCUUUUUUUCAAAAUUUUUCAUUUCUCAUUAACUCACUUGCCUCCAUAACGACAACUGCUUUUUUACCUAUCCAAGCAACACCAUGAGUAACAAACAUCUCCAAUGCACUAACUGCUAUAGUAUCUGCUACGCCCGCCCCCUAAGACGGGCUAACUAGUUUCGCCGGCUUUUUACGAAUUUGGGUUUUGUAAUACCACAUGACGCACAAGUGCAGAAAAACAUUAAUGGACCAUUUUUUGGCUUUUUUAUAGCCACUUGGUUCGACACAUUCAGUUUAUUCUCUUUCUUUUACACAAUAUGAUUUAACCAUUGUAUAUGAUUAUAUAUUUUUGAAAUACUUCUCUAUGAAUUUCUCAUUUUUAAUGCCAUCAUUUAUAUCAAAUACUUUUAACAAAUCAUAAUAUGAUGUCCUUUUUCCAUUUCAUUUAAAAAAUACAAACAAAAAUAACCAGAGUAGUGGUAUUUAAAUUUUGCAUGUUCAAAAUCUCUUGAAAAGGGGGCAUAGCAAAUAAAUCAAUUAAGACAUUAUAUGAAGGCUCUAAAUUGUCUAUGAUUAAUGUUUGCUUAUGAUUAUGUGGACUUUUUCAUCUCUUGAUAAUACAUGUUUUAUUAGUAUUCUUAAAUAUUUACACCAAUUUAUUAAAUCAUGAUUGCUUCAAAGCUUGUUUUUAUAAAUAUUUUGGUCUAACAGUGUUGCGCCUAGUAAUGGGAUUCCAUUGAACGGGCUGCUUUUGCCUAAUAGAAGCCCUUUUCCUUUUUUCUUCUGAGAUUUUUUUUACUCCUAUACCCACUGGAUUUUUCUCCGUUCCAAUAAAAGGUGGAGGAAUAUGAGGGGCAACCUCGUCCCCAGGGCGCUUUUUCCUGGCUUUGAGUGCGUAUGGAUUUACAAUACCAUCACCUUUUUUGCUAGUUGAUGGUAAUGACCUUCUUGUUCUUGAAUGGUCAGUUAAUCCUAUUCUUGGAGCACCUUUCCCGCUAUUUUUUUCUAAUAGUCUCAAUAGUAAGUGAAACACCAAUACUAGCAAGUAAUGCCCCCCAAAAGCCUGCUGACUGUGUUUUUCUUGGUUUUACAAUUACUUUUCCACCCGAUUGCAAUGCUCUCAGCAUUUCUUUUUGUUUUUGAGAUAAAUAAGUAAAUAAAUAAAUAAAUAAAUAAAUAAAUAAAUAAAUAAAGGUGUUCAUUGUUUUUUAAGCACAAAUACAUGCUAAAACCAAGAACACUUACAUCAAAAAUAGCAGAAAGAAUUACAAGGCUUAAAAAAUUCUACGUGAAAGCAUUGAAUUUAACAUUCAAGAUCCACAUUACAUUAAAUAGCUACUCUAUAUUUGAAAAAUAGCCUAUUAAAAAAACUAUUUUUAAAACGCUGGGUAUUAACCCUAGGGAGUUGACUGCUAGGAACUCGGAGGCGCGCUGAAUUUUCUUUCGGUUUAGGGACGGAAGGGUACAAAUGUUUGUUAUCUAUCAAUUGCUUUAUUUUGUUAUUUGAAAUAAAAAAACCACCAAUUUAUCCACCAGAGAUCUUUUUAUCCAAUUGACCGGCCCCUACAUUAGUAAGACCUACCAAGGCUGACAAUCCAAGUGUUUUGCCCAGUGUUGGUGCAAAUGCACGACCUAAUGAUAAAUUUGCAGUUAAUAGACUACCUCCAACUUGUUUUCUAAUAUUGGUCUUAGCUAGUAUUAUAUAUACUUCCUUUUUUCAAUUCACGGUUCUUUUCCAACCUUUUCACCACAUUUGAUGGAACAUGCAACGUGUCAUUUCCAGACAGAGAGUCCUUCGUGACUCUUAGAACAAUUAUCUCUCUCGUUUGAUAAGCACUACUAGGAUCCUUUUUUUGUUCUCUGAUAGCUUGAGAUUGAUUUUAUUAAGUUGAGUCAUAUAUAUUAUAUGUUAUAUAAUUUUGAAUUAACACAACAAAACAGUUUACAUAACAAAUUCUUCACAUAUGUUACAUUAUGAAGGUUAUCAGUAUCAUAAAUAAUUUUACCUGCUGAUUUAAUCAUCAUAUGCGUUAUAGAGCUAUGUGCACCCUUGAUAACUGUUAUUGUAUCAGCAGCAGCAUAGCCUGGUCCAUCAGCUAUUUUUUUGAAGUUGAAAUUGAUGUCGACCGGUCAUUGAUAGUGAAUUUAUAACCAUUCUUUAUUUGAUGUUGAUCAUUACCUGGUAAUCUAAUUACAUCAUCUAAUUACACAAUGUGCACACUAUGAUUCUGUGAUUGAUUUUUUGCUUGGGAAAGGCAGCAUGGCCGAGCUGUAAGUGCGCGCAGAAACUCAUAAGGGGUUGAAACGUGUAACUUGCGUUCAAUGCUCGUGAAUAUUCACUUUUACCAUAUUUGGAAACCUUAGUGGCAGAUAGCCAUUUUAAACAAAUGGCCGCCACCAGUUUACCAUGCAGAUGUUUUAAGACAAGAGUUCUGCAUUUCAAGGUUAAAAAUACACCGUUAAAAGACAAAAAAUGGAAAGAGAAAGUUCAAAAGAAUGCUCAGCUUUCUUUUUGUGGAGGAAGGGAAGCUUUUCAUCAAGAAAUCGUCCUUCGAGGAAUUCAACCUUGUUUUCUUCACGACGGAGCGCGUGGUCUGUUUUGAAAUGCAACCAAGGCAGUGAAGUUUUUGCUGAAUUUUCAGGUACAUUUUGCACUCUAUGGCCAAGACAAUUACGUUUUUGAAAGGGAAUUCAUGUAUUUUUAAAUGUUUCAUAGACGUUUUAUAAAUUUUUCUCUUCGGCGCUAAAGAAAAUUACAAAAUGUGCCCCUAUUUGAGAUGGAUUUUGCGUUGAAUUUUGCCAUGUGCCCAGCCGAUUUCACUUGCGUGAACGGAUCCACGAUCCAGAUAGUGUUUUCCGAAUUGCUUUAAAGGAUCAACUUUUUGGAUUUGCAAUAAAAAUUUUCAAGAAACGGCUUCUCUGUCUAUUUUUUUGACUUGGUUCAUUCAUAAAACGAUCGUGACUACAACAUCCAAGCUGAAUUUAAGCUUAAAUGCUUCUCACAUUCAUUACACGCAUCACUUUUUGCGAAGAUGUCAGGUUCAGGUUUUGGACACUUUUCGAUACGUAGCUAAUGAAUUUUAUUCGAAAAUAUUUUUACUGUUUAUUGUAGACUUUUAAUAUAAGAAUUUUCAAAGCCUAUAUGCACUAUAAGUUUACUGUACAUGUGCAGAGGGUCAACGAGGCAUCGUUGUUUGAAGUGACAACUUGAAGAAGUUGCGACGACAACAAUGGGUUUCAUAAUGUUAUGUUUGGCCCGGGUAGUGAGGCAAUAAUAUCCUGCUCAGUGUUUCGGUAAGAUUCCUGGUUUCAACCUUUGAAAGCUAUCUCUGCUUUCGUGAGUUUUUCCCCCGUUUGUCGGCCAUUUGUUUCAAGCGGGCGCGGGAAGCUGAAGUAAAAUUACGUUACGUUGUUUACAAAGUUUGAUUGGUCAGUUGUCUCUUCUUCUCCUUCCAAAUAUGGUACUUUCGAAAAUGAGUAAUCACGAGCAUCGGACAAAGUAAACAUGUGAGAGUUACCCGUUUCAACCCCUUAUGAGUUUCUGGUGCGCGGGACUUAUAAUCCGGAGGUUCAAGUCCCGCCCUGAGUGCUAGCUUGAUUUGUUCUCGUUAGUCCCGUUUUCAAAUCCAAGGCCACCUUUGUAAAGUAACUAACUGCCGUUCGCCCUCUACCCAACUGGGAUUCUUAACUUUGUUUUGUAUCUGUUUCAUUAUUGCUGGAAAACUCCACAAAGGUAGAGGAUAAUCGAUUAUUUAAAUUGAAUUUAAAUUUUGACGUGCUGUAGCCAUGUUCUCUGCUGAUAAGCAUGUAUUUGAUUUCAGAAACAACUGCGUCACCACCUGAAACAAAUGCGACCUUUUGGCAAAAUACAAAUGGAAAUCUUCGCCCAUCUGCCGAAUCAGUAAGACCUUUAUUAUCAUCAUCGUCAUCGAAGCGAAAAAUUCUUAUUGCAAUGUUGGUUUCUGCUAGCGUCCUUUUUAUAGUGCUUUUUGGAAUUGGCUUUUAUCUUUACCAGCGGAAGAUGGAAUUGGCAAAAGAAGGUAAAUACGGUCUUGCUAACAGUCCCAAGCCAAAUGAAAUCGCUGUGGAAUACAGGGCUCAUGACCCGUCCGUUGGUGGCUCCCUAUCGUCUUGCGAAUCAACUGCUCCUCUGAUGCGGCAGCCAAGUCUACGCUCUAGACUUGCUUCUAACCUCACUCAGGUGUCCGAAGAGGACAUGCCACUGGACGAAAAAUGGGAGAUCGACAGAGAGCUUAUCAGCCUGCAGGAAGUUCUUGGAGAGGGCGCUUUUGGCAGAGUUAUGAAGGCAGAGGUGUUCGGAAUGCCCAAUAUGCCCUUCAGAUUAAAUGUAGCGGUGAAAAUGCUUAAAGGUAAGUUUUGUAUUCUAGCAAUCACUGGAAAAGACACUUACGCUUUCAUUGCGAACUUUCUUACGAUUAUUGUGUUAAAGUGUAGCAUGCGGUUUCUUUAAUUCUGUUCAAUACAACGAACGUGCGAUUCCGACAGAGUAUUCCUUUCCCGGCCGCGCGAGCGUUGUUUCGUGCUGUUGAGUCUUUCGUUCCUUUUCCUUGGAAGCAAUGCUUUCUCCCAGCUUAUCGACUUCUUUUUGUGAUUUCCCUUUCUGUUGUUGUUGCUUUUGUAUUUCAUAAAGCUCUUUUUUAACCCAUUCAAAAUAGUAUUGAAGAUUUUUUCAAAAGUUUCAGUCUUUGCAGUUCACUUUCACUUUCAUGUUUUUCAUCAAAAACAUCAAUCUUGGCUGGGAUUUGUUCGAUUUUGUUUCUCAGCUUUUGCACCUCAUCAUUGGCUCGUUGGCGAUCGGCGGAAAUUCUUCCCCUCUCUCGUAAUUGUCUUUCCGCCUCUCGUAAGCGUUGUCUUUCUUCUCUCGUCGAUUUAUUGUCCUCUGCAAUGAUAUUUUCGGCUUUGGGCCAAGAACAUUUUUGAAUGUUUCUGUGAAGGAUUUGAGCAGGUCCGAAUUGUCUUUCUUGAAAAUGUUGGACUCACCGCGCUUCCCCCAAACGAAACUAUUUUAGCUUCAUCUCCUGUUUUGCAAAACCCGAUUGGGCCAAGUUUGGCGAUAUUGACUUCUUCCUUUGAAAAAAAUAUCUCCCCGCUCCAAAACACAUUCCUCGCCUCAAAUUCGAUGAGUCCACGUCAAAAGCACUUUACCAUAGUUUAGAAGGUUGUUUUAACUGAUCUCUCGCAAACUGGGUUAAAGGCUACAACCACGCUGCGCAGGUCGUCCAAUAACCCAAAUAAAUAUCGAAGAUGGCAGCAUCUCUACUGACAAUGAGCCUUGUGCCUAAAAACGGAUCAAUAACCAACCUAGUUUUCGUAUCCCAAAUACCAGGAGAUUUAAGACAGCUGCCCUCAACAUAGCUAAUCUAUAGAAACAUAUCGACCAACUUAGAACCUGUAUGUCUAGCUACUAAGUUUGUUCCAAUGGUAAAAUCAACAUACCAGGAUAUUUUAUUGAGAGGAAGGAUAAAAACAGAGCAAGUGGAGGUGUUGCUCUUCAUUUCAGAAACACAAUUAAUUACAAACGUCUCCCACAUCAAGAGGAUGAUCUUGAAUUUCUCUUUAUUCAAGUAUCUAAAUCUAAAUUGUAGGAACGUGGAAUAGGCUCCCCUGGGUCUGCAAUAGAAUCUAUGACAAAAUUCGAAUCCACUUUGAAAGAAUUGGAGGGCUAUGGGCUGGAGGUUAGUAUCAUUGGACACGUAAACUAUGAUGUAGGUGCCUCUCCACUUGACCACAAAACCCAGAAGCUCCUGGAUAUAUGCAAUAUUUAUCAAUGUAGUCAACUGAUAAGACAGCCUUCACUCAUAACUUAAGACACGCGUAGCGCAAUUGACUUGUUUCUAACAAAUGAUCCUCAAAGAUUUUCCCAUAGUGGGGUAUCUGACCUUUGGAUAAGUGAUCAUUGUCUCGUGUAUGCAAUUACGAAAAUCAGCCUAUCUGAAUCUACUACAAAGAUUAAAACAAGUGGAUGUUUCGAUAUAUUCGAACCAGUAAACUUUAGAAAUGACCUUGCAAUGGCACCAUGGUACCUUGUUGCAGCUGAAAGUGACCCAAACAAGGCAUGAGGUACCUGUAUAUGGAAACAAAUUUUUGAAUACAUUGCUGACAGUCAUGCUCCUCUAAAGAAAAAGAGAGUAAGGGGAAGGUCUGUCCCGUGGAUUACACCCGAACUGAGACACGAUAAUAAUGUUUGAGCGCGAGAGGCAUCAAAAAGUGGCUUCAAGAUCUCAAAGUGAUACUGACUGGACUAGUUACAAACAGCGAAAAAAGAAAGUUAAUCAUACUAUCAAGGAAGCAAAAACAGCGUUACGAAAGUAAUUAUUUUAGGGAUAACUCUGGAAAUAUCAAAAACAUCUAAACGCUAUGCUUGGGAAUCAAUCUAAAACCACCGCAAUAAACGAAAUUAAAAAUCAGAGUUAAAUAGUCAUACCUAUAAAUCUCCUAGGGAUAUCAGUAGGAUUUUAAACAAAAAUUUCUCUGAAAUUGGACCAACUUUGGCCGCUGAGAUUCCAGACACACCUAUAAGGUGCACGGAUUAUGUUAAACCCACUUAAUCUACCUUUUUUCUCAAACCAGCUACUUGUGCUGAAAUUUUUAAAUUUAUCAACAGUCUCCAUUUAAACAAAGCUAGUGGGCUUGACAACAUAUCUGUAGGCCUCUUAAAAGAGGCAGCACCAAUAGUUACCUCUUCUCUGACUUUCAUAAUCAGUCUUUCGAUUUUUUCUGAAACUGUUCCAGACGAAUGGAAGCAUACUAGCUUUUCCCCAGUUUUCAAAGAGGGUGCCAAAGUUGACCCUAGUAAUUACCGACCAAUCUCAGUUUUACCUGUUGUCAGUAAACUGGUUAGGGAGUUGUAUUCAAACAAUUGUAGGGGUACCUAAACUAUAAUAACCUUCUGACAGAAUCACAAUCAGGUUUCAGGCCAAUGUUUUCCACAGAAACUUUCGUAUUAGAGGAGACAAAUGAGCGGAUUAAGAAUAUAGAUAAAUCUCUCCUAAAUGGUGUAAUAUUUUUGGAUCUAAAGAAAGCCUUUGACACCAUGGACCAUGCUAUUCUCCUACGGACAGAAACUCGAGUUUUAUGGAGUUAGGUCCUAAACACUUGCAUGGUUUAAAUCAUGUUACUGGGUGGAAAAAGAAAAGUUAACGAUGAACUUUCUGAUUUCUGUAUGUUAACAAGUGGAAUUCCUCAAGGAUCAAUUCUUGGCCCCUCUUGUUUGUUUUAUAUAUAUAUGACCUUCCCUUAUGCCAACUGUACUCAAGGCCCACAAUGUAUGCGGAUGACACCACUUUAACGUGCUCAGCGGAAAGUGCUGAUACUUUACAAGUUCAAAGGAAUUCCGAUCUAAGCAAAAUUCCGACAUGGCUUAAGGUGAAUAAGCUUACUCUAAACGUCAAAAAGACCAAAUACAUGUUGAGUAGGAGUCGUCCUAAACUUGAACUACUGUCAGACAAUUUCACAGUUGAGGUUAAUAACAUACACAUAGAAAGGGUGACUGUUUAUAAUUCUCUUGGAGUCUCAAUUGAUGGAAACUUGUGGAAAACACACAUUAAUGAGAUUUCAAAUAGGAUAUCAGCAGGCCUAUCGAUAGUUCUCAAGCGGAAGUCGAACCAUACCGUUCAAAACUAGAGAAACCAUGUACAAAGCUCUCAUCGUGCCCUGUUUGAUUGCUUUAGCUGUGUAUGGGGAUAUAUAGGGAAAGGAUUAUCAAAAAAACUUCAGAAACUCCAAAACAGAGCUGCUAGAAUAGUGACUUCAUCAAAUAAUGAAACACGAUUUAAAGAUUUAUUGCAUAAACUGGGUUUUGGGUUUGGAAGUACUAGAAGAUAGAAGAAUAAGACAAUUCGUUAUUCUAAUGUACAAGAUAACUCAUAAUAUUUCCCCGCCGUAUGAUGAAUGUCUCUGAUGUAUUCACUCUUAUAAUCUAAGAAAUUCAUCAGUAGACUUGUAUGUCCCUAAACCUUAGACAGAGAUAGGAAAACAUAGCCUUCACUACAGAGGAUAAAUCCUCUGGAAUAAACUUCCAAUAGAAGCAAGAGAACAGGAAAGCUUAGACCUUUUCAAUAAUUUUAUAGAGAUAAUACUUUUUGCGAAGUCAGAUAAUAAUUGUGUCUUCGCAGAGAGCAUAAUUUAAAUUAUUUUUAGUGCGUAUACACAGCUGUCAUUUUAGUGUUUGUAAUUAGAAAUUAAUUACAAACGCAGGACUUAAUUUGAAAUGGUCACAGCUGCGUCAGGUCGACCUUGGCGUAGAAUUCACGGGCUCCGUCACGUAAGAAAUGGAAAAACACAAAACAAACAUUCGCCGUGGGCGCAUGGAGAUUCACCGGGACUAAGCGAUCGUGAAAAGAUAUAACCGCAUCCUUGCUAAGCGCCUGUUCGGGCACCAGUAUGCUGUUGAAAUGCGACUUCCUCAGAGCCAUAGAUAUUCCAAAUGGGUCGUUUGGCUUCCUGCAUCGGUCUCGGCUCUGAGCGGAGAAGUCACUCGCCUCACAGGCAAAAAACCCGUUGCGGCCAUCAAAGAAAAAGCCGUUUAUUCCAAACCCUCUACUCCUCAUCACAGCCCUGUUAGCGUGUGCAAAAAGAUGGCUCCCCUCCUAUACAGCUGUGCGCUAUCUCUACCAAUCCGGAGAGCUUGAAGGCGGGGGGAAAAGAGCCACAGAUCCGAUCAGGUCUUUGAAAGCCUAACACAUCGAAAAACCGUCACCAAACCCAAUGAACCGAUUUUGUGUUAUUUGCAUGAUGGGCUCAAACGUGGCUUCGUUCGCGAAGAGCUGGUUAUCGUGCUUGCCAACACCGAGCUUCCGCCGCUUGAGAGAUGAUAUUCGAUCGACUCGCCAAUCUCUUCCAAAUCUUGAAACCACACCCAGCGCAGAUCUUUCCUCAAGGCGCCUUCACUCGUUGUGUACUUCACGGUCGUGUGCCUUUCCAAAGCGUCGAUCACCUUACCAUACGAGCUGUUCCGCAAAAGCUUGAAUACCUCGGCAAGCAAUGCCUGCUCUGAAUUUUGAUCGCCCUUACCCCUGUUCUCCGUGACUUUGUUCACGAAGAACGUGAAGAUUUUUUGCGGAACAUUGUCAGUGGUUCGGUGAACAGUUGUAGUGUUCAAACCAUGGUAGAGAUACCAUUUCAGCAGUGGCACGUCCAGCAGGAUCUUUUGAGUUAGAAGGGCGCCAACCAGUUUUCGUUGGUCGUGCAUAGGUUUGCGUUUGCUAUACGCCAAGUGGUCUUUUAUGUGCUGCGGUAUAGUCUCGCUUGGAAGGGGUUUGUUUUAAAACAACGGCAGCAUUUGUUCGAACUUCGUCCAUAACUCUCUUGGUACCUCGAUGUCCACUAAGGCGAAUUCAAACCAUCUGUCUCUCUGCAGAACUUCAAUAAACUUUUCGACGUUCCUUGCCGUUUGCGCCUAUUGCGCAACGACCUCCAUUGUGUCUGGAUACAGCGCGUUGGCGUCGUAGGCCAGAACUCUUGGACACAUCUUCGCGUCUUGGAACUUGUGCGUACGGAUUCUCGUUUUCGACAUAACACAAGGCUCGGCCCCUUGACAACCGCGCCUUUGAGAAUUUCGUAGCCCUUCUCCCCUGGGGUGUACAACUCCAGAGAGUCUCUUUGGUUAAGUGUGAAUCUCCCAGUUAGUAUUCCUCUAAGCGUACCACGAAGGAGAUAUUUCAUUGAGACUCUUGGCAGAGGUACCGCAUCUUUCAAAAUAUCUAUUCUCAGCCCCGUGUAGGAAUGUCAAAUUGACUCCAAGGCUUCAAGAAAAGGCUCGAAAUCCAGAUUAUUGUAAAAGCGCAACAAGUCCUUAAAAGUUCGCAUCCCUUUUUCCUGCCAGAUUCGCUGACUAGCCCUGUACGCUUCUUCGGAGAGAGUCAUCUCAUUUUUCAGCUCGGAAAACCACUCUUCGUGCGGCGGCAGUCCCGGGAAGUCCAACUUUUCGGCUGUUUCAAACCACUCGUCGGGAAACCACAAUUUGGAGAGCUUGGCACCGUACGCUUUCAUCCAUUUUUCCUGACCGGUGCCGGGGCUGAUGUAGCUACAGAUUUCCAGAAACGUCGCCACUGACAUGUACAUGACCCUGUUUUGUUUUUUGGCCAGUUUGACAUCACUGUUUUGGGCGAUUUGGGUCACAAAAUGCUCUUUUUAUCAGAAUCAAAUCAUAACGCCCGGAGUUGAAACCCAAAACUAGGGUUUGAAAACAGCAUUGGCUGAUGCGUUUUUGGUGCUGCUUCGGCAGAAAUUCGAUUUCUUCUGGAAUGUAUCGCCGCAUGUCUUCUCGGAUGGCCGCGGCCCGACACUCAAGCGCCUCUCAGAAUCUUCGGAUCAGCUCUUUAGGAUCUUUGCUGCUGAUGUUCUCUGGCACUCUAUCCAAAAUGUCUGCCAACUAAACAGACAUCGGCACGUGCUCGCUUUCGAACAACAGAUCAUUCAUCGCUUGCUUCCGUUUGCUGGUGUCCAGCAACGCCUCGAUAUCGAACACUAUGGCAUGAGGAAAAGUUUUCUUUUUCCUUUUCGGAUACAGUGGUCUUUCUUUGAAAUCAUGCUCCCAACACUUGAUCAGUUCGAAACCCUCGUCAAGAAUCGCCCUCCUUCUAUCCAACGCUCUUGCAAACUGCGUCUCUCGUGUCAGCCCUCUCCUGCCUUGCUUUGUUUUUUCGAAAGCGACCACUUCCUUGCGCCGUCCUGGAAAACACUCUGGACAGCCAUGCCAAUGGCAGCCAUGGAACUGAAACACCGCGUUUGUUUCCCAACAAAAACCAUCCACUGGAUAUCCUGCAAUUCUUCUUUCUCCACCUUGGCCACACAUUUGAUGAUGGAUAUGCACACCCCUCCAUUGGCCUCGUGUUCCGUCCAGCUGACCGCCUUUCCCGCAUAAGCCCUGUGGCCGUAGAACGGUUUUUCGUAAGCAGUUUCGGGCGGCUGGAUUCGGUCUCCUCGACACGCCACCUUAGACACUCCUCUCGUAAAAACCUCUGCAUGCCGCCGAAAAUGGCGUUUUUGGUGAAUCUUGCUUGACAUUCGGCACAUGCAUAAUAUUUCGUCACUUUGUCGAGCUUCGUGAUCAACAAAGCGUGCUCUUCGUAAAUGCCAAUGUCCAUCUGGGGCACCCGGAUCUUGUCAAAGCGUGAAAGUAAAUAUUUCAACGCAAAGGCUCCUUCAGCGUCAAUCUCAUAUCCUGCAACGCCCUGCUGGAAAUGAUUUUCGAUCAAAGAAAAAUGACUUUUGUAUAUCCGUCCUCGAACUCGAUGCUUGUCGAGAAAGCUUGCGGCCAACUCGCGAGUUUUUCUUGUGUUAGGAACACGAUGCACCCCUUGAUGAACUGCAAUGCAUCUGAAAAUACAAAGCUCGUCGGCGUACCUAUCAAGCGCCAACAAACACCUUUUGUGUCGAAGCCAAUCUGGCAAUCGCCCCGCUCCAAUAUGCAAAGGAGCUUGCAGGUCCUCGAUAAUUUUCACCUCAAUCAGAAGGUUUGCCUCAAAAACCCAUUUCGUUCCUGGGCGCUAUAUGUUUUCGCUCUGGAGGCUGUUUUCUUCUUGUUCUUCCAACAACAGUCUCGCUUCCGACAUUCUUUCAAACCAGGGUCUUCUUUUAUUCUGAAAAUAGGCCAUUGUUUCCUCCGUUUCAAUGUUCCGAAGCUGAUAGGCAUAGCUGUGUUUGAUCACAAAACUGUUUCUCACUCUCUCUUUGAUUCCGCGAAUCAUCUGUGGAGUCAAAUCGUUGUUUACAUCUUUGAAAAAAAACCAUUACGCGAUUCUUCUUCCGCUCUCCACUUCAUCCUCCCCUAAAAAUUCCGCAAUCAGGUUAUUCUAGAGAGGUGGAAGUGUAGCUUCCUCACGUCCUUCCAAAAUAUCAAUCCACUUUGUUGGCGCUGAUUCGUCUUUUUCAUAAUGCAUCGAAUAAAAGGGAUGAAAUCUUUCCACCCCCAUGCAGGUUUGGUGUCUUGUAUCUUUUUGGUUCCCGUAGGCCGUUUUGGCUGAUAUGCCCUGGAAAAAAGCGGGCUCAGAAGCCUGUGCUUUGUUUCGGUAGCGAUCGGUUCAUGCAAAAUAUUUCAUACCACAAUUUGAAGUGAUGAUUCUGCAUUCCCUUCCUGCAGAGGCCACUCCACAUCAUCGUCCGUCGUGAAAUCGGCACUCAGAGCGUUCUCUGAAGCCAUUAUGCAGACAUUUUGCCAAUCUUUAAUAUGCUGCUCGCGAUCUGUGUGCGCCACAGCAAAUGCGAAAAAUCUGUUCGCCAUGGCCGGACCCGCAGGCGGAGUGUGCGGCAUCAUCGGCGAAUUCAUUCUCGAGAAGAAAUGCCCGGCGAUGCGCCAGUGCCGCCGAUCCCCCCGAGUAGUAGAGUCGGGGUCACAAAUGUGUAUACUUUUUUGCGCUCGUGGACUACGGAGGGCGAGCAACGUGAUCCCUCCGUAGUCCACGAGCCCACAAAAAACGUGUACACAUUUUGACCCCGACUCUACUACUUCCCGCGAUAUUUGACUUGUUAAAAGUACAUGUAUGAGUAGACAAGUGUUUAGAAACGUGGUGGAGGUCUUCUAAAACCUCUGUUUUUGAAGUACGAGCACAACGCCAAAACGCCUGAAAAUAGGUGUUUUUUUCAAACGAAAACAAAUUAGCGUAGAGGAGGUCAUAGUAAGAAUACUUAAAUAUUUAACAUUAGGACUGUAAUGCCAAACUCUUGCAUUUCAGAGAAUGCCACGCAACAGGAACACGCAGAUCUUAUAUCAGAGUUGGAGCUAAUGAAGACCAUUGGAAAACACAAGAACAUAAUCAAUUUGAUUGCAGCCUGCACUCAAGGAGGUUAGUUGACGGAGAAAACAUGUCAUGUUUAACUGACGCGAAUCGUCUUUGACGGAGUGGAGAAACUGGAGUUUUCUUUUGCCGCAAACAAGAGAAAAUUUAUCCCUUCUCUAAACUUGACUAACACUCUUUGCCAUGCUGGGUAAUCUAUUUUUUAUAACGUUAUGGCUAAGAUUGAAAAACUGGUCAUGAGAACAUUGUAUCCAGCCUGAGACAAAAAUAUACAAGCACUUUUAUUCACUACUUCUGCACUUGUGUUUGCUUAAAUCAAAGUCGGUAUUCAGAAGUUAUAUAUUACUUAAAGUAAGAACAUUGCAGAUAAUUUAAACAAGAUAAAGACAUAGAAUUCCGAAGAUUUCGCAUAAUUAGACGUGUGUGUUUUUUUAAAAGAAUGAAUUUUUAAAAUGGUAAACCGUUAUCAUUUCUCUUUAUCCUCAGGUCCGCUGUAUGUAGUAGUAGAAUACGCUCCGAAUGGUAACUUGAGACAAUUUUUGAGAACAAGGAGGCCUACCAGGGAAUACCCCACCCUAUUAACUGCAUUGAGAGAGAGGGGGCCAGUCAGAAAGAACGGUUCAACACUGACGCACAUGGACCUGGUUUCCUUCUCUUAUCAGGUCUGCAGAGGAAUGGAAUAUCUUUCUUCGAAAAAGGUAUGUGCGGUAGUUUUCAGAUGACUGAAUGAGUGAGCGUCCUACACACACUAUGGCCAAACUCAUAGGGAUAUGAAUACACUUCAGGAUAGCUCGGGUGUUGCUGUCGAUACAAAUUUUAUGCCAUAGCACCCUUGAGACUUAACGCACGUGAAAGUAGUUUACUUAACACUGGAAAGGUGUCGUGCCUCUCCGAGAUGAGCUGUACAAUUUACUUUAUUUAGUCUUUUGCAAGCAAGCCAGAGCAAGUAAGUAUCACUGCAUUGUCCAAAGUCUCUAAGGGGGUAAACAGGAAGUGAAAGCUGCCAAUACAAGCAAUACGGUACGUGGUCCUUGGUCCGCGACUAAAAGGUAUUAUCAUGAAUAACCUUAAACUGUAACGAGCUGAAAUACCUCCUGAGGAUAGCUUUGAUCUUCCUCUCGAUAAUCGUGAAGUUGCAAGUUCCAACCUUAAGUAUUUUGCUUGUAAUUCGAAAAAAGACGAUAGUGCUCGAUGGUCCUUGGUCCUCGACUAAGUAAAGCAGCACGAAAAAAACGUGAGAAUGCGAUAGUUUCCACAAGAAAACGUAAUUUUCACAAUAUUUGCAUUGCAUUUUUUCUAUUCUUGAUGCAAUAAAGCUAUAGUUUUUUUUCGGAAGUAGUUGUGAGUAUAAAAUAAUCUGCUUUUCUUUCAAAGACUUCAGACAACAGUCUCCCAUACGAGCGGUUUUCGGGGCGGUCGAAAAUAAUUACUAAAAAUUCUGUUUUUAUUGAGGUUUUAAGAAAAGAGAACUUGUAAACAUGUAGAGGAAGAUUUUUAAAACAUUUUCGAAAACAAAGGCAGUCUCCGCCCUCUAUUUUGCGAAAUGUAAUUCCACCCAGGUCACAGGUCGCCGACCAAGGACCACAGUACGCGAAAUUUCAAUAAAACAGAAAGAGGCUGCAGCAAUGUGCCUCCAACGGCAGAAAUAGGUUUAUCUGAAAACCUGUUCUGUAAAAAGGCACGUCUUCCCGUUGCGUUUUUUGUUCACAAGCAAGGUAAACAUGACCAUGCAAUUUACGGUGCCUCAAAAGUCCAAACUUCAAAAAAGAUGAAUUAACCUACUUGUCAACAAACUUUAAUUUCGCGCCUUCUCCCAGAAGAGGAAAGCCGAAACUUCGUCAUAUGAAAGAAUGCUACUGAAUCAUUAAAUCAUCGGACCUGUCAUUUUCCUCCGUAUUUUAUUUCUCGACGAAAUAUUUAAUCAUGUUCGGAAAAGGCGCUGACCAAGGACCACACACAGUAGCGAUGGGGUUUGUUUGAUCCCUCCUGAAAAUAAAGAAAAAAAUGUUUAGCUAAGGAAUGUAAAGAUCUACCUUCGUUGAGUUUCAGGUCAUUGUUGCUUACCCUGUAGUAUCUACGGUCUCUAUUAACGACACUAUAAUCACCUCCUCCCAAUUCCACCCAUACUUUCCUAUUAUCGUCGUUAAGUUCUCUUAUUUUGUUGUCUAGAAUAAACCAAAUCCGAGUGCGAUUACUUGUACAGCAGUCUGCAUUCUCGGAGCUCAGAAGGAUACCUCAUGGGCCCUACACACUGAGGAUACCUUAUCUUAGAUUUUUAAGUUUUAAAGAAAAUUAAGAAAGACGAAAAACCAAAGUAUAGAGGGGCAGUCAGAAAACCAUUCUAAAUCAGUGCUUAACCUAGUCAUUAUACAUCAGUACAAUACAUAAUCGAGUUUCCAAAACAUAAAAGAGUUUCCAAAACAGUAUAAAGCUAACUAUUCUAAAUCAAUGUUUAACCUGAAUCACUAUAUAUCAGUGCAAACCAUAAUCAUAGCUCUGUUGUUUUACUCCUUUCCCGAAUAACGUAGGUUUCCUUCUUCUUGAUCUCCUAAGAAAUAAGCAUUAUUCCUUCUUAAAAAGUGAUAACGAAUAUUACGUUGUCUAAACCUUAUAAGGUGUCUAACCUCCUUUUGAGCUAUAAUAAUUUAGACUCUUCCUACUUGUAUUGUUUCCUGAAAAAUUAUGUGAUAUUGCUUUUAUUGGAUCGGUUCUAAUGCGCGAGCAAAGGGGGCGCGUAUAAUGUUUAAAGUUGAUUAAGUCAAUUAAAGUCAAUUACACCUGACCUACGCCGCAUCCGUACACGUGCUACGAGCAGAAAAUCAACACAACCGCUGCACAUGGACCGUUGUCAUUUCUCACCUUAAGGACCUCGGGCCGUACUAAUUUGAGUAGCCUUGGGCCCGUGUUUUGUGUCUGAGCAAUUUCUAUUUAAUUUACACUGGAUUUCUGUGGCUGCUCUAAAAUCCAUCCGGUAUAGUCUGAUUAUGGUUAUGAUAACUACAAACACCAACUUGGUCGAACCUUCAAAGGCAAUAUAAUCACAAGAAUUAUAAGUUAUCAGAAAUUCGAGUUAUUAGGGGACAGGAAAAAAAUAAAUGACAGGAAAUAGGGAAAUAAGACAAUCAAUUAUAUCAGCUGCGUUCUUGACUGACUUCACUAGAGCCUCAGAGGUCUUUUUUCGCUAAGGAGCAUCGGCUGGAAAAAAGCCCAUUCCAUUCCCAUUUUCGCACCGGCCGCGGUCGGCUCGUCCCAAUCUAGAGAUUGGGCAACUUUCCUAAGCUCCUCUUUGGCUGCUUUCAACUGAGUACUAUUAUCUGAAAUCAAUUUCCCAGCGUAUCCUCUGAGUGACUCAAAGUUCCUUAAGACCAUUAAGAACUUGUCAGGGCUGUAAUCUGGCGCCAAAUCUACGAGGACUGCUCGAAUGCCAAGGUAGUUCAAGAUGACACCAUACGUCUCGCUUAUAGUUCGCUUCUGGACUUCACGUUUUUCUGCGUACUAUUUUGGUUGCAUGUCAAGCAUUGGGUUGAAAGAGAUUUAUUACAAACAAAGAGUACAAAAAACUAUAUCUUUGUAAUGAGAACGCAUGCCACUCAAUUUUAUUCAAUAGAAAUUCUGAGGCUCCAGUUAUGAGAGAUAACCUAUAAAUGCAGUGAAAAAGUAUUAGAGGUUUGAAUUGCUUAUUUACACGAGACUUAAUUUUCGCCAUUUCAAAAAAUCAGCGGCUUAGAAGAAGGAUGCAGUAGUUUAUGUGAAAGAGAUACCAUUUUUAACUAUGGAAGGUACUUGAAAGGGGUACCUUUUUUGUAAUGGGACUGGACCUUUGGUGUGGAGCCUCCCCUUAUCAGGUUUAAACUUGAAUUAGGGGUUUUCUUUGUCAAAACAAAAAUCAUGCUGUUAGAUUCCUUUUGUAAUUGUUGUUUUCAGUUUUGUUACUUUUACUGUUCAGGUUUGUCAUGCAUUUAAGUAUGGACCAAACCCAGGGGGACGUUGAUUCGCUUUUGCGCGAGCUACGAGUUACCAAGGGCUCGAUCUUUGGGAAGCCGUCUGUUUGCAUGAAAAGGGAAGUCGCCAGCUAAGGCUAAGGUCAAUAACAAAUUUCUUAUCUUUUUCUUAGUGUAUUCAUCGUGAUCUUGAGGCCAGGAACGUCUUAGUUGCUGAAGAUAAUACCAUGAAAAUUGCAGACUUUGGUCUAUCUAGACAAGUGCAUCCAAAGGGUUAUUACAGAAAAACAAAAGAAGUGAGUAGCACAUAAUAUAGUUUGCUUGAAACACCUAAAAUGCAUAUGUUUAAUUUUCAAACGAGAGGAUACAAGGUCUCAGUGAAUUUCAGUUGUGAAAUACCACAACCCCCCCUUUAAGAAGAUAACGCAUUGCCGUAAGAGGAAAUUAGUUUUUCCACUCGGUGUUCUGACUGAUAAAACUGUUAAUUACAGUGCAACCUGUAUUAAGCGGACACCGUAUUAAGCGGUCACCCUUUAUAAAGCGGACAGUAGCCGAAGUCCCAAAAUUUAUUUCCCUUAUUUACUUUAAAUGAAACCUUUAUUAAGCGGACGCGGACACCUCAAACGUACCUGAAAUAGUCAUUUCUAUUGUUACCAACAUUUAUUAAAAGGACACUUGUAAUCAAAUUCCACUACCCAACAUGCCAGACACCGGAAAUGCGAAAGAUUACCUUGAAUUGCCACCCACAACGUUUUCAAUCUUUACAUUAAAAAACGUGACUUGACGAACUUAUUGGAUUAGUUUCACAGUACAGUAUUGUUUCCUAUUUCGUUUUGUUUGUAUAGAGCUUGUUUCACUCUUCUGAUUUCUUCUUAGAGUUGCAAUCUAUGUUUAUGGUACUUUGACCAAUUGGUCCACUUUGAUAAAGAAAUUAAUGCAAUCGUAAAUCGUCAGUCUCUGGGAGUACGUUUAACAUUUCUACUGUACAUUUGAAUGGCAUUUGACAUCUCAUAUGACAUUAUCUAUCGAAACCUGUAUUAGGUGGACACCCUGUAUUAAGCGGACACUACAGCAUUCCCCGAGGGUGUCCGCUUAAUACAGGUUUCUCUGUAGUUAAUUUUCAUUUUUACUUCCCGUCCAUGUGGUUUUUUCAUCUUUACCAUUGUAACGGAACCUUCGGACCAUUCUUUCCGGCUGGCCUUUGUGUAUUCCUCGCCGUUGUUUUGAUCAUGCAAGUUAAGUCAUUUUAAACGAGGUUAAUUUCAAAGGUUUCUAUCUUUUUUUUUUCUUUUUCGAACAACCACAACGUUACAUUGCGUUAUAUCAGGAUCAGCAAUUUUCUUUUCCUGAACUUAAAACUACGGUUUUUCUUCAAUAAUACCCUGUUUACAUGAGGGAGGGUGCCCCUUGUUAGUAAGGUCAUCCUGGGUAGUGGAGUUCCUUUCUCCUUUGUUUCACGCAGCUCGUUUUACAUGCACAGGACAGUGCCUCUUGAGGUUUCCCUACCUUCUUUCUGCAAACUAAAACCUGACAAAUAUUUUCGUAGAUAUCAACUCGAAAGAUUGGCAGAAAACGAACCUGACAGAAAGGAUUUUAUGAAUGAGGGUCAAACCAAGGAAACCACUGUCUAGGUCAAAACAACCGAAAAGCAAGCCCAGAAUGAGAGCGCGCAAUCUUCAAUCAAUAAUUUAGCCCCCCGGUGUAGAGACUUUUCAGCCCAUGUAAAACGCCCGUAAAAUCUUUUUAAACUGCAAGGGAAGGUGCUCCUACCAUGUUCAAACUGUGCUUGAAGAGCGACGGUAACUUUAUUGCCGGCAGCUACGGUCCCCCUGACCCUCAGGGGCACCCUUUUCCCAUGCAAACAGGCCCUAAAUCACGAUUUUAAUGAUAACACGUUCUGUAUUUUAUUUUGCGAUACGUUUUAUAUUAGGGACUUCUUCCAGUCAUGUGGAUGGCCGUUGAAUCCCUCUUUGAUUGCGUCUAUAAUACACAAAGUGACGUGUAAGUACCUUGAAAUGCUGAUUAGUCCCUGUUAAGUAGCGAGGUAAAGAAUUGUUUUGUAGUUAACCUGCUCUAAUCUAAUUUGUAGUGUCACAUUUUAAGCCACAUUCAGCCACAGGGAAGCCUGCUAACCAGCUUUCCUUUUGUGGGAUACCCAAAGCGGAUUGCAGCUGAUCUGCAGUUUGGUUUUUUGAAAACUGUUCAGCCUAACAGUGUCUAAAGGUUUGUUUCCGUUAUCUUAUGAAUUUAAACGAUGACGCGUAGGAGACUUGUUCUGAAGCUGUGGUUUUGCUAUUUAGACAGUAAUUUCUUCGCACUGAACGUUAAGUUUGAAAGCAAAUAAGUGGUAAAACUAAAAAACAAAAUGGACUAAACUGCCUCGGCACGGUUGAUAAAGCCAGAAGAAGUUUUAAUGUGUUGUUCCUCUUUCAUCAGGUGGUCCUUUGGAAUACUUUUAUGGGAAAUGGUUACUUUUGGUACGUAAGUAGCAUUUUAUAUUCACAAGAAAAAAAGAAAAGGAAAAUUUCCCAUAAGAAAUUUUCCUAGGAAAAAAAAUAACCUUUUCACAUUUUUUCUAGUUGAUAAUUGUCGCAAUUUUUUUAACAUCUUUUAAAUGCUCUUUUCUAGGAGGGACACCUUAUCCUGGCGUUUCUUUAGAAAAACUGUUUGAGCUUUUAAAAUCUGGAUACCGAAUGGAAAAACCACUCAACUGUCCAGAGAACAUGUAAGUAGCCAAACAAGCGUCAAUUAUACCGGAGCACCAUGGGUAAGAAAAUUUGGUAAACUAUCCAUCCCAGAAAAUUUGGUUAUGACGUAGCGUACGUCCGUCCGUACGGACUUUCCGGGUAGUGGAAAGUAGUCCGCAUGUACUCUUGGGGUAGGGGAAAGUAGAGAUUUUUUGGCGAGAAAUCGCAUGGCGCAACGUCGCGCAAUUAUAUCGCGCAACUGGUUUUGAAAAAAAGAAAGCAAGUAGAAAGAGUCAGAGCGAGAAGAAGGAGAGAAAAUUAUAGUGAAAAACGCCGGCAAGUAGAACGAGACAGUGCUAGAAUGAACAGACAAAGGCAACGCGAAAGAGAAAUACAAAGGCAAAGAGAACGGCAGCAAAAUAAUGACAUAAUGACAGAAAGUGUUGUGUUAAUGUCACUAUGGCCCCGCGCUAUUAACAUUUUGAUUUCAAACUGAUCUCGGACUCGAAAAUUCAGCCAGUCAUUUAAAAAUACAAGCAGGGAAGACAGAGGCUUUUCACUUUUCUCACCAUAGACAGGCGUUGAUCACGCUCUACCACCGUCCAAUUUUUAUGCUCUGAUUGGUCAAAAUUUGACAGGUGAGUUCAUGCAGAAAAUUUAUAGAGCAUCUUGAACCUUGUUUACUUUCAGUUUGACAGCUGAAGCUGACAGAGUAUUUUGUCAACUUGUGAUGUUUUUUACUGUCUUUUUUCCUCUGGAUGCUUAAAAUGAAAUACAGCUGCUAUCAACAGUCUUCUUUGAUUCAUGGCUGGUUUGUUUAUUGAAUUUUUGGUCGGGAAAUGCGCCGGUUGCCAAAGUUGGAAAUCCGAUUUCGGAUGCAUCGCUUUCGUUUUUACCUUGCUGGAUGCGGGUUGAAAAGUCCCUCAAGCGAUUCUGGCCUUACUUUAUAGCUUUCAAGAGCU